AUGGUUACUCCACUAAUAAGCAAUCAGACCCGAAAACAAAAGGAUACCAACAGAAUCGAAGAUGAACAAGUUGAAAUUCUAUUAGAAACUCCGGAGGAUGUGAAACAGCUAACCGGCAUUGCAAAAAGUCAAAAGUGCCACAGGAUUCGUCUUGCUGAUAAGUUGUUUGGACCACCACAGUGGACUUUGAGAUGGAAUCAACGGCGAUCCUUGUUUCAGCAGCUUGGUAAUCUGGAAAACUUGACAACAUUGGUCGUUCAUGGCACGAUUAUGGGUCAAGUGAUUCCAGGACAGUCUCUAGCUCUGAGCAUCAAUGCGCCAAAUCUUCGCAUUCUGAAAGUGGAAGGAGGAAUAAUCUUGGAUUCAAUCACAUAUGUUGAGGAUAUGGCUGAAGCCGUACGGAAUCACAAAAGUCUUCAGGAAUUUUCAUUUCUGAAUUUUCUGAAUCACAUCACACCGGUGGAUUCACUCUACUUACUGGAUCCAUUACUUGGAGCAUUAUGCACGAUACCAAUCAUGACGAAUUUGCAGCUACGAUGCUUUUCCUCUUUUAUGCAUUGGAACACUAGCUUCGCCUCCAGCCCAGCACUUCGGCAGCUACUGCAGUCGACGAAAUGUCUUAACCGUCUCGAACUGACCAAUCUUGGACUGGAAGAUGACCAAAUGCAAGUGAUAGCAUCGAAUACACAGCCUAAACUACAAGAGCUUAUUCUGAAUGCUAAUGGCAAUACGAAGACAGGACUCAAUUCUGUACUAGACGGAAUUCGAUCACACUGGACGAAACUGGAAGUUGCAAAUGAUGUGAAAUUCAACAAAGACUCAUUCAAUAUCUUGAAUGAUCAUUUAAGGUCGUAUUCGAAUUGUUUGCAAUUCUUUGCUUGCACCUUCCCUCUUGGGAUGGAAGAAAGAAAACGAGCAAUCGAUCUCCAGCUGGAGCUUCACCGAAUGAAUCUGAACGCGCGGUACUAUUCUCCAUUAGUAUCACCAGAACAACGAAUUCAACUGCUAGGCGAGGUCACGGCAGCACCGAAUCAACUAGAUUUCGUGUAUACACUAUUGCGAGAAGAACCCAUGAUUUGCGAUUUGGAAAUGAAUGGACUUGGUGUGAGAUUGCUGAAAGAUACAAGGAUGCAACAAUUGACUUUGCUGCUUCUCUUGUGGCUGAUUUGGUCCCACUAUUUGUUAGGACUUCCACCGAAUCCGAUCUAUGAAGUCACGAAGCGAAUAGAGAUAGACCUCCUCUGCACUGCGGACAGGAGCUCUUCUUUGAGCAUUGUACCCGAUAUCGCUCCGACGACUGUUACGGCUGGGAUGAGCCGAUUGGACCUUGCCCGAUCCAAGAGAAAUGUAAUGAGGUCAAGGGUACAAAUGAAAAUCGACGCCUUGGCGAGAACGACCCCGUCAAAGCGUAGCAUGGAAGAAAAGAGUAAUGGAAAUUCAAGGAUCGUGAAGCAUUGUCGACUAGAAAUGCAAUCGCAACGAAACAGUCUUAGAAACGCCAUGGCCUCCUUCUGCAAUGGAAUUUGA